CUGGAGAAGAUGAGUUCAGUCGUUGUCCAGUGCCCAGCGCGUGUUGUUCGGAGGAGCAGCUGCGAGUUGCUAGACUCCUUAUCGCAGGGCUCCAGCCGCCGGAUUUGGCGCUCAUCGUCGCCAGUUCCGCGCGGGAACAAGACAAGCCAUCCAGCAGGGACAGAGGAUAAUGGCGGUGUCUCAUCCAGUAUGGCUGGCUGUGGCGAUUUUUCUCGCGAUAGCCCAGGCCCAACAGCAGCAGCCGGAGGGCCGGUCGCUGGUGGACUGGUACUUCUAUGACGUAUCAGGCGACACCCCCACCGGGCGAAUGGUUUCGGUCCCGCUCUCGUACCAUAGCACAUCCCGGCACUUCGGCGAUGUCUCGCCCCAAGACGUGUCCGCCGCCUGGUCCAUGUACCAGGGCCACCUGGGCGCCAAGACCCGGCCGGCUCCGCGCGUCGACCACGCGGCAGCGCCGGCAGGGGAGUACUGCCUCCACCAGGGAGGGCCCGGGUGGUGCAUGCGCCCGGAGGCCUGCUUCUGGGGCCACAACGGCGGCCAGCUCGGCCUCGACGACUGGACUCGCGCCCCCAGAGCGUGCUCCGACCCGGCGCACCUCUGCUGCCCCAAGCAGCCCGACCAGCGCAUGCAGAGCCACGACCCGGACGAGAUCUUGUUCCCCUCGCCCACCUACGACCCCUACACCCACGAGUACGUGCCGGCCCCGGGUUGCGGCCCGCACCACCCGGGCGGGCCCCACGUCCACCAACCGCUGCCCCUGUUGCCGCCCCAGCACAACCAGCACGGCCAGCAGCCGCAGCACAACUACAACCAGCUCGGCCAGCAUCCGCAGCACAACUACAACCAGCACGGCCAGCAUCCGCAGCACAACUACAACCAGCUCGGCCAGCAUGUGAACCCUCAGCACAACUACAACCCUCACGGCCAGCAUGUGAACCAGCAGCACAACCACAACCCGCACAACCAGCACAUGAACCCGCAGCACAACUACAAUCAGCACGGCCAGCAAAUGAACCCUGAGAACACCUACAACCCGUACAUCGACCUCAGCGAGCAGCCCCAGAAUCCACCCGCCCUGCCUCUCCUCCCUCCUCCCGGAGGAGAAAUGCAGAGGCCGCCCCAGCGGCCUCCCAUGGCCCCCGCGGCGAGGCCACCCAUGGCUUCCGCGGAGGAGACGAUGUUCGGCAUGGAGCAGCCGAUGAAGCCCAAGCCCGCCGUGAAGCCGGCGAGGCCCGAACCCUCGAAGCCGACCAUGGCCCCGUCUUCCCCACUUGUGCCCUUAAUUGACGAGGACGCGGUGGCGUCGCCCGACACCGCGAUCACGAGACUGCCGGGCGAGGUCGCGCGAAAGAUGUGCGUCGAGUACGAAAAGUGGGCCCCCACCGUGCGCUUCGGGCCCGACAAGGACUGCGUGCCCAACCACACAUACCCCAUCGGCGGCAAUCCAGCCCUGCCCAGGGAAUUCCCCCACAUGGUUCAACUCGGCGUAGGCCGCCGUAACAGUAUCCAGUGGUUCUGCGGAGGUUCGCUCAUCUCCCCGACCUGGGUCAUGACUGCGGCGCACUGCCUCUACAGCGAGGAUCGACAGGUGCAGUGGGUGCGGCUGGGUGACCUGGAGCCGGACUCGGACACGGACGACUCCAACCCUCAGGUGAUCGCCGUGAGCAAGGUGGUGCGCCACCCGGAGUACAAAGCCAUCGAGGUGUACAACGACAUCGCGCUGGUGCGGCUGGCGCGCGAGCCGGACAUGAGCACGCCGCACGUGAGGCCGGCCUGCCUGCAGGUGGACAAGCAGCUCAAGAAGGACAAGCUCAACCUCAUCGGCUUCGGCCUCACCGAGGAGAACGGAGACCCGGCCCCGGUACUCAUGGAGGUGGCGCUGUGGAGGACGCCGUUCGAGAAGUGCGCGUCCUUCUUCAGCGGCACCGUGAACCUGCGGAAGCUGCCCGACGGGCUCAACGACGACAGCCAGCUGUGCGCGGGGCUGGACCAGGUGGGCAAGGACGCCUGCCAGGGCGACUCGGGUGGCCCUCUCAAUACGCCCUACAGCCCCACCUGCAUGCUCAACGUGGCGGGCGUCACGUCUUUCGGCCAGGGCUGCGGCCACGGCGUGCCCGGGGUGUACACCCGGGUGUCGCACUUCGUGCCGUGGAUUGAGAAGAUCGUGUGGCCCGAGGAGUUCCAAAAGUGCUAUUGUAGCCCGUGUUACCACCAGGCUGCCCAGUCUCCGGGCGUCUGCCGUCGGAUGUCGGACUGUCGCCGGCUCCAGAGCCGCCAGGGUGUUGUCGGCGGCGGUCAGCCCCAGCUCUGCUCCUCCCCCGGCACCGAGCCGCUCGUGUGCUGCGCGACGUCCGUCGAGUCCAUCCUCUUCCCCAACUCGGGCUUCCUGUCCCUGUCGAAGAAGCCCGCCACGCCGCCCCCUCCGUACGAGCCGCGCCCGCCCCCGCGGGCCGACGGCACCCCCGGCAGCAUGGCGAACAGGAUGUGCGUGGUCUACGAGCAUUAUGCCAGGCGGGAGCGCUUCGGGCCAGAGAACGAGUGCGUUCCGAACCACACGUACCCCAUCGGCGGCAACCCCGCCCUGGCCAAGGAAUUCCCCCACAUGGCCCUGCUGGGCUACGGGCCGCGGUCCUCCAUCAGCUACGAGUGCGGGGGCUCGCUCAUCUCCAUGGCCUGGGUCAUGACCGCCGCGCACUGCGUGUUCUCCGGGAGCGUGCCCGUGUCCUGGGUGCUGCUCGGCGAGCUGGUGCGCAGCCGGGACGACGACGACGCCUUCCCGCAGCUCAUCCCCGUGGCGCAGCGCGAGCGCCACCCGGGCUUCCGGCCGCCGGAGGCCUACAACGACAUCGCCCUGCUGCGGCUGCAGUGGGUGCCCAACAUGACCACGUUCCACGUGCGGCCCGCGUGCCUGCACGUCAACCGGGAGCUGGACAAGGAGAAGCUGUACCUGACGGGCUGGGGCCACACCGCCUACCAAGGGGAACCAGCGGACGAGCUCAUGGAGGUGUCCAUCUACCGCACCAAGUACGAGGAGUGCCGCAAGGCCUACGAGGACGGCAGCACCAAGUUGGCCCUGCCGCGCGGGGUGGACAACGACACGCAGCUCUGCGCGGGCCAGGGCCAGCUCAUGAAGGACGCCUGCCAAGGCGACUCGGGCGGGCCGCUGCAGACGCCCGUCAUCAAGCCCAUGUGCAUGUUCCGCGUGGCCGGGGUGGUGUCGCUGGGCCAGGGCUGCGGCUUCGGCACGCCCGGCAUCUACACCAGGGUGUCGCACUACGUGCCCUGGAUCGAGAGCAUCGUGUGGCCCGACCCGGUCUAGGGCUAGUAGGGCUCCUCCACCAUACCACCAGGAGGAGAGGGCCAGCCGCGAAAAAUUAAUGUUAUGAUGAGCCGCAGUGCCGCGAAUUAUCUUCCCCCUUCCCGUUCCCGCCCCCUUCGCAGGCAGACGCCAAAACGGCUUUGGAAAAAAACAAAAAAACAGAGAUCACGACCGACAUUUUCGACCGCGCGACACUCGUCUGCCGAUAAGAUUUACGGGUGUCACGAAUUGCCCACAUGCGCAAGUAUCUGGCGGCACCACCGCCCAUCCGCUGAUGUCAUCCCCCGUCGCGAGGACUAACUAAUGUGUUUCUCGAACAAAUUUGACCUCCCAGCUUUGCCUUUGUUCACUCUGAGAGACCCGCGGAGCAGUCGGAAUUUAGUAUUCGACUUACCAAAACCGAAUCCCAUGUACCGAUCUAAACGACAUAACAUUCAAAUAUUGGGAGCUCUUGGUUAUGCGGAGUGUUAGUGUUAGUGUCACGUUCCACAUCAAAAUGCAAUUCACAUAUUGUCUCUCUUUUGACUUGUGUGUUGCCACCGUGUUGGUGUGCGUGACUCGGCUCGGGCCGAUCGGGGUUACCGCGCAAACACACCUCCAAACUUACGCUCCUCCGCCCAUCAGCUGUCACCUCCGGGUCAUUCGAUAGUCGCGUAAUCGCGUUAUUUCGUUUUUGUUGAAGCCGAAAGUAAAAAGGAAGUUUUAUCUGAGCUUUCCUCCGUACCGAUACGGCACGACCCCGCGACACGCCCCGUGUGUACCCAGUCAUAAAUUUGAAAAUCGCAUCAUCAAAGUUGAUGUACAGGGUGGUCCAUAGCCCCCUUCCUUUAUUUUGCUUUUACUGUACGGCAUGCAGGCGUGCAGGCGGGUUGAAUACUCGCACGGGGCCAUAAGGCAAGCCCGCAUGCAGGCCUACAUGCGGUACAGUAUAAUCAAAAUAAAGGGAGGGGUCUAUGGACCACCCUGUAUUUUUGUGUUUUAACGAUAGCUUGACCAAACACGUAGCUUUGUAGGGACACAAUUUACGCCAUUUGAUUCGAUACCAAUUUUAGAUGACGAUAAAACCAGGUAAAACAGUCUGCAGAAAGUCAGAAGUUUUUAUUAUAUGUUAUACAGGGUGGGUGAUCCGCGCCGUGGUUUUUUUCUGAUUAUACUGUACCGGAUUCACGAGUGCGGGCGGGCUUGCCUAUCGUCGCUCGCCGUGGCUCCUUAUGGCCCCGUGCGACUAUGCAACCCGUCCGCACGCAUGAAUCCGGUACAGUAUAAGCAGAAAAAACCACGGCGCGGAUCACCAACCCUGUAUUACACUAAGGUGUGUUUGAAAGCCAUUUCGAAUAUGUAACCCUUGAGAGUAAGGGUAAGGCGGAAGCAGAAGAGUCCAUUGACUCUGAUCAGCCGGCGCUUACAUGCUGAUGCAAUGUUUGGUAAAUAUAACAUGAGUCGGCCGGAUCAGCUUUGGGGGGCUCGCCUCGCUCACAGAAAAAAAUGACGCAACGUAGAGUAAAUGUAACACAUUAUAUCUGAAAGGGGCUCGUCCCGUGCGUAAGGCUGAUGAAAUGUUUGUAAAAUGUGACAGUAUACGUUUGUAAGUGAAGCAUCGUUUUGGGGGCUCGUCUCGUGCGGAAGGCUGACGAAAUGUUUAUUAAGUGUGACAGUAUACGUUUGUGAAUGGAGCAUUGUUUUGGGGGCUCGUCCCAUUUGGAAGGCUGACUUACAUAACGCACAAGAGGGUAGAGGAAACAAUGUGAAAUAAGUGUGAACAAAGAUCAAACUUGCAGAUAGACUUCCCUGAUUAACCUACCCCCGCUUCAAAAAUAACAAUAUGAAGAAAGCGAAGUGUAGAGGCAGGCGUAUGGGAAAGGUUGGCCCUGUAGGCAAGGGGUUGUGUAUUAUGAUGUUGGCGUCGGCAUCACUGACUGUCAAAAGUUUGCAUUAUAAUGAAUAAAGCAGUCUUCAUGCGUGACUA